GAGCUUAAGUUAAAAUUGGAAAGAAGCCAUGGGACUGAGCAGCUUUUCCUCUUUGGAAAUGCAAAGGCUUAACAGAAUUCUCCCCUUGUCAUCCUCGCUGCCCUUCACCCUGACCCUCACACCUUCCCAACAUUAGGGAAAGGCAGGAAGUUUUCCCUGAGGGUUUUCUUUGUGACGACACUGGUGGGGCAGAUUGAUCAAUGGGGAAAACCCCAUGUGAGAACACGCCUUCUGUGUACAUUCCCAAUAUUUGGCUAUAAGUAGGGCUGUUAUUAGAGCAGAACAGCACUCUCAGGGCACUGGGUCCACAGUGCUGAGCAGAUCUAUUCUUUGAGCUGAGAAUGAUGUGCAGUGGCAAGAGUUUGCUCCUGGCUGCCUUGGUGUCAGUGCUGCUCCUCCAUCUCUGCAGAGAGUCAAAAGCAAGCAACUUUGACUGCUGCCUACGAUAUACAGAGCAGGUCUUUCAUCACAAAUUCCUUGUGGGCUUCACACAGCAGUUGGCCAAUGAAGCCUGUGAUAUUGAUGCUGUCAUCUUUUACACAAAGAAGAAAUUAGCUGUAUGUGCAGAUCCAAAGAAGCCCUGGGUGAAGAAAGCUGUGCGUAUGCUCAGUCAAAGAGUCAAGAAGAUGUAAAAACAGAUGCUCUUCUGGAAUGGAAUUAGACACAGCUCAAGAAAAACAAGAUCCCACCUGGGAUUGGAAGUCUCACUUGCACAUUUUUCAGCACUACCUGACCUCUGCUUUAUUGGACUUGUCCAAUGGAUGAAGUUGAUUCAUAUUGCAUCAUAGUUUGCUUUGUUUAAGCAUCACAUUAGUUAUGCUCCAUUUUAUGUUAAGUUAUUUAUAGCAGUAGGUAUAGCUAUUUAAUAAUAAUUUCCCAUAAGCUAUGUGGCUUAGUGCAAGGUAUGGGAAUAAGAUUAUAUGGCCUUCUUGCAAGCAAUAAGCUAUUUUUUAAAAAAACUAUUUAACAUUCUUCUGUGUACAUAAUUUUGUCUCCUAAAUUGUAAUGAUAUUUUAAAAGACAGAAAUGAUUAUAAGAAGGAUUAAUAUUAAAAAUAAAACAAAAACACAAAAAUUUA